ACGAGAAAAAUAAUAUUUCAAAAAAAAAAGUUGAGAAAAAGAGAGGUCCUUCGCAAUUUAUCAAAAGGAAAGAAAGGCGAAGCAGAGGAGAAGAAGAGGCGAAUGGCAGAUCGCAGGGAAGAUUCGAAUUCCAAAACGGCAUCUCCUCCGGUGGACCGUCUCGUUCGGGUGUAUGCCGACGGAAUCUAUGAUCUCUUCCACUUUGGCCACGCUCGUUCCCUCGAGCAAGCCAAGAAAUCAUUUCCGAAUACAUACUUGCUGGUUGGGUGCUGCAAUGAUGAAGUCACCCACAAAUACAAAGGCAAAACUGUUAUGACAGAGGCCGAACGAUACGAAUCCCUGCGCCACUGCAAAUGGGUUGACGAAGUUAUUCCUGAUGCUCCUUGGGUUACCAAUCAAGAGUUUCUUGACAAGCACAAUAUUGACUAUGUAGCUCAUGACUCUCUUCCUUAUGCUGAUGCAAGUGGUGCUGCCAAUGAUGUUUAUGAAUUUGUUAAAUCUGUUGGGAGGUUUAAGGAAACAAAGCGGACUGAAGGAAUAUCUACAUCAGAUAUUAUAAUGAGGAUUGUCAAAGACUAUAACCAAUAUGUGCUGCGGAACUUGGAUCGUGGGUACUCAAGAAAAGAGCUUGGUGUCAGCUAUGUGAAGGAAAAGCGACUGAGAGUAAAUAGAAGGUUGAAAACAUUACAAGAGAAAGUAAAGGAACAUCAAGAAAAGGUUGGUGAAAAGAUCCAAAUUGUUGCAAAGACUGCUGGUAUGCAUCGAAAUGAGUGGGUGGAAAAUGCUGACCGUUGGGUCGCUGGAUUUCUGGAAAUGUUUGAAGAAGGUUGCCACAAGAUGGGAACGGCAAUUAGGGAUCGAAUUCAAGAGAAGUUAAGGGGUCAGCAGUCAAGUGAUGGCCCAUUUCUUCUACGAAAUGACAAGGAUGACGAUGAUGAUGAGUAUUAUUAUGAUGAAGAGGAUGAUAGCGAUGAAGAGUAUUUUGAAGAAUAUUAUGACGAUGAUGAGCUUAAUCCCCAAAAUAACGGAAAAGAUGAGAUCACAAAGUAGGUAUACUUUGGUGAAGUUGUUGGGUUCUCGGCAGUGUGUCAAUAGCAACAGUCCAUGCAAUUUCUGUAAUAUUCUAUGCAUUAUCUUGGAUAGUGGAACAUGCUUCGGAGUUGCAGAAGGGAACUUUCGUUUUGCUGGUGUGGUCAAAAUUCUUCGUGUGGAAUGUUGGUAUACAUGCAAGUGUUGUUUGUGCAUAUGCUUGGUAAGACGACCUGCCCUGAACUUGUGUUUGUGAUUAGUCAUGUCCGUGACUUAAUUUUAGAUGGGUUAAAUACUACUAUUUUCUUUUUUUUAUUUACUUUUGGGCUCUAAAUCUUGAUCAUCUUGUCACUCGCUUGCUUCCAUAGAGUUUGCCUUCAUGUUUCAUCCAUAGUGAUUUGAGAGAGUACCUGGAUUGUCUUGGUGCAAGAUGCCCCCAAUGUUAUGUUACUUAGGAUGCUUACGACUAUGCUUCACAAAUAAAAUAGCUACUUACAAAGCAAAAUGUAUCGUUUGAGUUAUUUUGGAACAUUAAGAAAUACUUUCAAUGAAGGCCGGCCAAUUGGUAAAUUCGUGCAGGAC